AUGCAGUUCGCCGAGGCACCGGUGGACGGCUGUGCCGCCUUGGCCGCCGCCGUCGUGUGCGCGUACAAGCUGGACGUGGAGCAGAUCCGCCGGGAGAUACUGUCCGGUGGCCGCGGUCGCCGGGCCCGCAGCGAACAGGGGCCGCACCCGCGGAACGUCCAACAGCAACAGCACCUGUGGCCGGGCGUGGACCGGCCGCAGCCCGUGGGCCGUCAAACGAACGUCCGCGCCAGCCAUGACCACGCAGGCCAGCGGUUCCAUGCGCGUGGCCCUGGUGCUCAGAACACGCUGGUCGUGGCCGGUCGCACCACUCAAGACCCGAAGGUUAGUAAUAUCUGA